UUUGUUUUGGAAAGCCGCUCCCAGCGGCCGCCAUUAUUCUUCGUGACUUGACGGUCGACAUAAAGACGGUUUAACACUUUAAAACACUAUAUUUCUGUGUGAACCGACACAUUCUCGUUCUGCCUGGUUCAGUCUGUUGAAUUAGCGGCGGCACAAAUGCACAGAAUGGAGAAACGCUCCGAUACAGCAGGAGGAGCUCUUCCGCUGGCCUCCCUUCGCCUCAUGGCUUCUCCUCUGCAGCUGACCUACUCGUACAUAUGGCAGGUCAUACGGCAGAGAAACGUGAAGCAGUAUGUGAAAGUGGAGGAGUUUGUGACCAUGGUGACACAGACUGUGCCCGAGGUCCUGAGUUUUAAGCAGACCGCUCAGCUGAUCUUGGGUUUGAGAGCAAGGAUCAUUUUGGAUUUGCUUCACAAGGAGGGCCAACCAGAUGCCAAGGCUAUUCAGUCCCUUAUAAACAAACUGAAGGUCUCCACAUCUUCAGGGAAGGAUGCAGAAGUGGAGAAAUCUCAAACAAACUUCAUGGUGCUGGUCCAGAAUCUGCUUAAGAACCCUGCCGAGCGGAAACGCUUCUUCCAGGAAGUGUUUCCUGUUCAGUACGGCACAAAGUUUGACACAGCGCUGCAGACCUUGACUGCAGGCUUAGUAUGCAAGCUGGAGCAACUCCUUCCUGUUCCCAAUCUGUCCCAGCUUGGUGCCAUGAUAUCCUCAGAUCCUGCUGUCCUGGAGGCAUGUGGGGGCUUCAUUCCUGACCAGGGUGACCUGAAGACUCUACUUCUACACCAGCAGGCCAAAGGACUCAUUAGUGUUAAAGCUACCAUCUCAUCUUCAGUGGGCGACUGUGUGCUCUCUUCACUUGCAUUCCGGCCCCAACCAGUAGAACCGCCGCCACCACCACCACCACCAGAAUCACCAAAGCCAUUGGAGGUCACCUUCAGUGAAACCAGCCAAGCCUCCCUCAGUGACGCAGAAGACUUGGGCAUGAUGUCAGAUGACUCUGACAGUUCAGCAGCUCCUGUUACUAGACCUCAGCAAGGAGGAAAAUCCAGCCAUGAAGCAGCUGUUAGCAUCGCAGCAAAAGAUAAGAGAGUGACAAUAACACCUCAGAAGGAGAAUCUGUUGCCAGGGAAGAGUUCUACACCGGUUCAGUUGGCCAUACCUCCUCAAAGCAGAGAGAACGAGGGAGCACCACCACCAGAAAAACCAGUACCCCCACAGCUGCCUGUAAAAUCAAUCCCUUUCAAGGUAGUUCCAGUGCCGAUCAAAACUGUCUCCACCUCUCAGAAUGCCGGCGGUGCAGCGACAAAAGAUGGCCAGAAGCCCCAGACUCAGCGUGUCACGCUGCACCAGUGGGUGUCACAGAUUGCUACUAACUCGCUGGCACUCCCGGCUUUACCACCGCUUCCUCCUGCCAGGUUCAGCGCUGCAGAUGACAUGAGGCCAAGCAUACGACGAAAAAAGCAAUUCAGGCCUCUAGCUGACAGAUUUACUUGCAGCGUGUGCGAUAAGAGCUUCCCCUAUCAGUCCAAGCUGCUGGACCACGAGCGCAUUCACACAGGAGAGAAGCCUUUCGUCUGCACGGCCUGCAAUAAAAGCUUCCGAACACAAGCGUUCCUCAACAACCACCUGAAGACCCACAGCACGACGCGGCCCUACGCUUGCGGCCAGUGCGGCAAGUGCUUCAUAAAACUGCAGAGUUUGACAAAGCACAUGCUCGCCCACAGCGGCCAGAAGCCCUUCUACUGCAACAUCUGCAACAAGGGCUUCACGCAGUCCACCUACUUCAAGAGACACAUGGAGUGUCACACCAGUCAGAUGACGUUUCCCUGCAAGCAGUGCAACAAAAGUUUCCCGACGGCGUUCAAGCUGUCAAACCACGAGCGCUGGCACACCAGAGAUCGUCCUCACAUGUGCGAGCGUUGCGGGAAGAGGUUCCUCGUGCCCAGCUUGUUGAAGAGGCACAUGGGCUACCACAUCGGCGACCGCCAGUAUCUCUGCUCCCAGUGUGGGAAGACCUUCGUUUACUUCUCUGACCUGAAGAGGCACCAGCAGGACCACGUGCCCAAAGCAAAGAUCCCGUGUCCCAUCUGCCAAAAGAAGUUCUCCAGCAAGUACUGCCUGAGGGUUCACCUGAGGAUCCACACCAGAGAGAGACCCUACCAGUGCACCAUAUGCGACAAGACCUUCACUCAGGUGGGAAAUCUGAAGGUCCACAUCAGACUACACACCAACGAGCGUCCUUACAGCUGCGACGUGUGCGGGAAGACCUACAAGCUGGCGUCCCAUCUGAAUGUCCACAAAAGGACUCACACAUGCAAGAAGCCCUGGACGUGCGACACAUGCGGGAAAGGAUUCUCAGUCCCCGGCCUUCUGAAGAAGCACGAGCAGCUGCACACGAGGGAGGCUAACCCAGACUUCUCUGGCAAACGGAGGCACAAGGCAAAGCACAAGAAGCAGUCGCUCAAGAGGAAGUAUGACGAAGAAGACGAGGGCAGCGACGAUUAUUAAUCAAAGAAACACUUUGUAAUGAAAAGUGGGGCUCAGAUCGGGUUAAUACUGAUCAUUGAUAGAAUUAAAAAAGGUUAAAGUAGAAAGCUACGGAACAGGCAACCAUACAAUUUUUAACUCUCUACCUUGUGGUUGAUAUUAAGCAACCGUGUGGUUUGGCCAGUGACCACACAUUUUUAGUUAGAAUUUGAGUUGUGUUGACCAGCUGCAACUAACAAAGUCCCUUGUUUUAGUGCUCUUUUUCAUAUAAUAAGGUGAUGUGACAAAGCAAAUUUAGAUUAAAAAGCUGCACAAUAAGUUACAUUUUGAGAAAAAUAAGGUAGCAAUAGCACAUUUCUGAUUACUUUCUGGUCUGUUUUUGGAUUUAAUCCUGAUAUAACGGUGAGCGUUGACCGUUUGAAAGUUGAGAAAAGUUUUCCAAGCAUCAUGCUUGUCCAGAGGCUGCUUUAAUAGAUGAUCAUUGUGUAAACAGUCCAAGUGUUUCAAAGCAUGUGACCGUAGAUCAUGUCUCCUGUGUAAUAAAAAUGCUGUAGUGUCUCUGAAACAUUGAAACUCGUUACCAUGUCCUUGUUGUGGAAAUUGUAGUGAUGGAAAACUACUUUCACCACAUGCUUUUUAUUUUUUAAUGCAACAAUGAGCUGUAACCAUUUCAGCAACUCUGCUUUUGUUUAGGCUGAUUAUUGCCUUCACCACAAAGUAACAUUUACAUUUGUUUUGUUAAUAUGCAGAUGUGUGAUGCGGUUGUGAUGUGACGCCCAUCUUUCCUUUACUUACUGUAGUGUGAGAAACCAUGAACAGAACCCACUAAGUCAUGUACCUGUUCUCUGUAUUUUUCUUUGUUUUUGAUGCUUUUCAGAAAAAUAAACGCUCUUAGCCAAGAA